CUCAAAAUCAAUCACAAUUUACCUACGCACAACACACAUAUAUAUUAUAUAUAAAAAUCAUUAUUUAGUGAAAAAUGACGCUUUCGACCUCGGCCGCUUUAGCCGUUGCCUUAGCUUCCGCCUUUCUCCUCCAUCUCUGCCGAUGCCACCCUAACAAUAAUAAUCCGUCUCCUUAUUCCCCGAAUUGCCCCCCUGAUGCUGAACCUGACCUAGUCGCUUUCCCUUUGAAUCUCGAGUACUUGGAGGCCGAAUUUUUCUUGUGCGGCGCUCUCGGCUAUGGGCUCGACACAGCAUCUCCCGGCCUCAGCAACAAAGGCCCAAAGCCCAUCGGCUGCCAGAAGGCCAACCUAAGCCCGUUCGUCAGAGAUAUCGUCACCCAAAUGGCUUAUCAGGAAAUCGGACAUCUCAAGGCAAUAAGACAGACUAUUCAGCCUUCUAAUCUUGCAUUCCCGAGGCCGCAGCUUAAUCUGAGUUCAGCGGUAUUCGCAAGUAUUAUGAACAACGCCUUUGGAGGGAAUAAUAAUGAACUCAAUUCGUUCGACCCUUACGCUAACGACUUGAACUAUCUUAUUGCAUCCUACGUCAUCCCUUAUGUUGGAUUAACCGGAUAUGUGGGGGCACUGCCUUGCAUCAUCAGUCCAAUUUACAGAAGGCUGGUGGCGGGGCUUUUGGCGGUGGAAUCGGGCCAAGAUGCGAUUAUAAGGCAAAUGUUGUACGAAAAUGCCGAGACAAUAGUAAGUGGAUCCGGAUUCUACUCGGUGGCCAAUUUUACCCAAAAGAUUUCGGAACUGAGGGACAAGCUGGGAGGACGAGGGCACAAAGACGAGGGUAUAUUAGUCGACCCGAAAGAUGGUGCGGAGGGAAAGAUAUCCGGGAAUGUGCUUGCCGGUGAUGUUAAUUCGGUGGCUUUUGACCGAACCCCGGAAGAGAUUCUCGGCAUUGUGUACGGGAGCGGAGACAUGUGCGUGCACGGUGGACUUUUUCCCCAAGGAGCCACCUUCGUGGUGACCAACAGUGUCGCCCGCAAGGUCCUCUCCGGCAGGGGGUACAGGGAGUACAGGCUCGGGGACUACUCGAAUUGGCUGCAGAACAGGGUCAACGACCACUGGGGCCGGGUUAGGAGCUAUUUGGUUGACAGUAACAUUUGUCAGAGGCUGCUUCAGGCUUGUUCGACCCCGGUGGACGAUUUUUACCGAGAGCAUCUAUCUGCGCUUCAGUCUGGAUGUUGUAAGCCCUCGAAUGAUUGCAACUUCACGUACGUGAGCCCAACAAACUGGACACGGCCACAAACACCAGCUUCUAGCAACCCAGACUGUGCUCGGUGGAGCAAUGAGCCGAGAGUGCUCUGCUAUGGCUGCGACUCGUGCAAGGCUGGCCUUCUCGAUAACAUCAAGACCGACUGGAAGAGAGUUUCCGUUAUAAACAUCGUUUUCCUUGUGUUCUUAAUCAUUGUUUACUCGGUUGGGUGUUGUGCAUUUAAGAACAACCGGGAGGACAACAGUGCCUGGAAACGUGCAUAUAUAUAAGAACUAUCAUCUUCUUCAAUCACCACACUCACAACUCAAAAUCACUCAGAAUUUACAUACACACAUAUAUUUUAUAUAUAGAUAAUUAUUUGGCGGAAAAUGACACUUUCGACCUCGGCCGCUUUAGCCGCCGCCUUAGCUGCCGUCUUUCUCCUCCAUCUCUGCCGCGGCCACCAUGACAAUAGUACGGCUUCUUCUUACCCGAAUUGCACCCAUCUUGAUUCCGACAUAGUCGCUUUCCCUUUGAAUCUCGAGUACUUGGAGGCCGAAUUUUUCUUGUGCGGCGCUCUCGGUUAUGGGCUCGACAAAGCAUCUCCCGGUCUCAGCAACGGAGGCCCAAAGCCCAUCGGCUGCCAGAAGGCCAACCUAACCUCUUUCGUCAGAGAUAUCGUCACCCAAAUGGCUUAUCAAGAAAUCGGACAUCUCAAGGCAAUAACACAGGCGCUACGGAAUUCAGGGCCUAAUCUUACAUUCCCGAGGCCGCAGCUUGAUAUUCGGCCCGAGGUAUUCGCAACAAUUAUGAACAACUCCUUCGGAGGGAAUAAUAAUACACUCGACCCCCCAUUCGACCCUUACGCUAACGACUUGAACUAUCUUAUUGCAUCUUACGUCAUCCCUUAUGUUGGAUUAACCGGAUAUGUCGGGGCACUGCCUUGCAUUCUCUUCAAUCAACCUUUCAGAAAGCUGGUGGCGGGGCUUUUGGCGGUGGAAUCGGGUCAAGAUGCGAUUAUAAGGCAAAUGUUGUACGAAAAUGCCCAGAAAGAAGUAGGAAAAUAUGGAUACUCGGUUGCCAAUUUUACCAACAAGAUUUCGGAACUGAGGGACAAGCUCGGAAGACGAGGGCACAAAGACGAGGGUAUAUUAGUCGACCCGAAAGACGGUGCGGAGGGAAAUAUCUCCGGGAAUGUGCUUGCCGGUAAUGUUAAUUCGGUAGCUUUCGACCGAAGCCCGGAAGAGAUUCUGGCCAUUGUUUACGGGAGCGGAGACAUGUGUGUGCACGGUGGAUUUUUUCCCAAGGGAUGUAAUGGGGAUAUAGCAAAAAGUUGUCCCAAGAACGAAACUGAAAAGGAAAAAGAGAAAAAAGAAAAAGAAAUAUAGCGCCGCGUACGUUAUGAUAGUGUAUCACGGCACGGGACAUAUUAAAAGAAAUUGACGUCAAGAAACAAAGUAUAAUAGUACGAAU